AUGCCACUUAUUGCCGAUAUCUGUUCAAUAGGCAAUGCCUACGAUUAUUUUUCAAUUUCAUUAAAUAUGAAUAUAUUUCAUGAUAAUUCGUCAAUAUCAAAAAUUAAUCAUCAUGCCGUGAAAUUUGAUGAUGAACAUAUGGAUGGUUUAAAUUAUAGUGUAUCUGCUUAUUUAAUCUAUUUAUCUACAAUGACAUUAUCUGGUCAAGGUCAUUCAAGUGUUAAACAAAUUCUGACGACAAUUGAACAAUUUGUUCAAUGCUUUCUUGAACAUUCAUCAUGGCGUACACGGGCUAUUGGAAUAUUACUGUUUAGAAAUCUUGUUGUUUUUAAUUUAUCAGCAUUUUAUAAUUCUCAGAAUGUAUGCAUAACAAAUAUGACAAUUGAUAAGUAUGUGAAUAAAAAAAUAAGAUGUAUUCUAUGGAAUUGUUUAAAUGAUCCCCUGCUGGAAGUUAGUCAGAUAGCAAUGUUUGUUAUGGCUGUAUUUAUUGAAGUGAAUUUAAUUAAGUAUGAUGAAAAAUGGAUUCGUCAAUUAAUCAAACAAAUUAAUCAACCUUUACCAAAAUCAAUAAAUCAUCAAUUACACAAUGGUCAUAUUCUUCAUUCAAACGAUACACCAACUAAUGGUGAUGACGACGAUGACAGUGAAUAUCGUCAAGCUGUAAGAGCACGUUAUCAAUCAAUUUUAGCUUUAUGUUCAUUUAUCCAUGGACAUCCGCAUACAACACCUGAUUAUCUACCAAUGAUUAUUUCAGAAUUAUCAAAUCAUAUACAUGAUUCACAACCAAUAAAACAAGUGAUUUCAUCAACCCUGUCAGCCUAUUCACGUAGUCAUCAAGAAGUAUGGCAUGAACAAUCGGUGAAAUUUACACCAGAACAAUUAGAAAAUUAUAAAUUUGUCAUUUCAGAUGCUUCUUAUUAUGUUUAG